AAACAUACAUAAAAGCCAAAGUCAACAUCUCUCUUUCUCUUCACCUAUCAAUGAACACCAAAUGUCUUCCACAAUAAAAAAACAUAAACCCAAUGACCAAAUCCCAUCCUCAUAUGCUUUCUUCACCAACAGAAACCGCCUCAUUUUGUGAAACAAUGAGAGCUUCAACAAAGCACCAAUUCUGCUCCUCCAUUCUCUGCCUCACUUUACUCACUUUCAUCCCACUUGCCACCUCCAAAGACACUUUGUCUUCCACCCAAUCCCUCCAAAACAACCAAACCCUUGUCUCCUCCGGCGGUGUCUUUGAGUUGGGCUUGUUCAAGCCCAGUGCAACUUCAGGUUGGUACUUGGGAAUUUGGUACAAAAAUAUCCAAGAAAAAACAGUUGUUUGGGUAGCAAACAGAGACAACCCAAUUUCAAAUUCAUCCUCAGCAACACUCAAAAUUGGUGACCAUGGCAACCUUGUCCUUCUUGAUGGUGAAAAUGGAAACAUCACAUGGUCGUCCAAUGAAACCCAAGCUAUGAACCCAAUUGUUCAGCUUUUAGAUUCCGGCAACCUGGUCCUCAGAGAUGGGAAUUUAAACCGAAAUGGCCCGAAAGACCAGUUCCUCUGGCAGAGCUUUGAUUACCCAACAGACACUCUUCUGCCGGAUAUGAAGUUGGGGUGGAACUUAAGCUCAAGCUUGGACAGGUACAUAACCUCAUGGAAAAGCACAGAAGACCCAUCAACAGGUGACAUUUCUUUCAAGCUAGACUACCGCGGUUUCCCGGAGAUUUUCCUGAGAAAGAAACAGAGUAUAACGUACCGCAGCGGCCCCUGGAACGGGGAGAGGUUCAGCGGUGUGCCGGAGAUGACACGUACAGACGGUAUCCAAUUCAAUUUCGUGGCCAAUUCAGAAGAGGUCUACUACUCUUUUUCGGUACGUAGCAAUUCAGAGUCGUUUUAUUCACGAUUGAUUGUGAACCCAAACGGGGAGCUUCAACGCCUGACGUGGAUCGAAAGCAGAAACAUUUGGAACAAAUUUUGGUACGCCCCAAAAGACCAAUGCGACGAUUACAGCGAGUGUGGUCCGUACGGCAUUUGUGACUCAAAUGCUUCUCCGGUUUGCAAGUGCUUGAAGGGUUUUGAGCCCAAGAACUUGCAGACGUGGGAUUUGAGGGAUGGGUCUGAUGGGUGCGUGAGGAAAACGGAUUUGGAGUGUUCCAAAGACAAGUUUUUGGCUCUGGGGAACAUGAAGCUGGCGGAGAGCGGCGGCGCUUUUGUGGACAUGAACAUGAGCCUGGAGGCGUGUAAGAAAAAGUGUUUGGAGAAUUGUAGUUGCACGGCGUAUUCCGACGCGCGGAUAUCAGUAGGAGAAGGUUCAGGCUGUGUCAUGUGGACUGGGGACCUUUUGGACAUGAGGCAAUAUGCAGAAGGUGGACAACAUUUCUAUGUGAGAUUGGCCGCUUCUGAACUAGAUGGAGAUGGGAAAACGAAACGAUUAAUCAUGAUUGUAGGCAUUGUAGUUGGUGUUGGCAUUCUGCUAGCAGGACUUGCUAUCUGUUUUGUAUGGAAGAGGAAAUUGGCUAUUAUGAACCGAGGAAGAAUAGAACAAAAAGGUCCUAAUGAAAGAAGCCAGGAUUUUCUGCUAGAUGGGGUUGUUAUCACAAGUAAGAAGGAGAACUACUCAGGUGAAAGGGGCAAUGAUGAGCUAGAGUUGCCAUUGCUUGAUUUUAGCACUGUAGCAGUGGCUACGGAUAACUUUUCUGAUGAAAAUCAACUGGGACAGGGUGGUUUUGGUUGUGUUUACAAGGGUACGUUGGUAGAAGGUGAAGUAGUUGCUAUCAAGAGACUUUCGAAGAACUCUGGACAGGGAACGGAAGAAUUCAAAAACGAAGUGAAGUUAAUCGCAAGACUUCAGCACCGAAAUCUUGUCCGACUGCUUGGUUGCUGCAUUGAUACGGACGAAAAGAUGCUGAUUUAUGAAUACAUGGAGAACAAAAGCCUGGAUUCUGUUUUGUUCAGUCAAGCAAAAAGGUCUAUGCUGGAUUGGCAAAAGCGUUUCGAGAUUAUUUGUGGGAUUGCUCGAGGACUUCUUUAUCUUCACCAGGAUUCUAGAUUUAGAAUUAUUCAUCGGGAUCUCAAGGCAAGCAAUAUUUUGCUUGAUGGAGAAUUGACCCCGAAGAUUUCGGACUUUGGAAUGGCUAGAAUAUUUGGAAGGGAUCAGACAGAAGCCAAUACCAGAAGAGUUGUGGGAACAUAUGGAUAUAUGUCUCCUGAAUAUGCCAUGGAUGGGCUCUUCUCGAUCAAAUCUGAUGUCUUUAGUUUUGGUGUUCUAGUGUUGGAGAUCAUUAGUGGUAAAAAGAACAGGGGAUUUUAUUACUCAAACAAUGAGCUAAACCUCCUAGGACAUGCUUGGAAGCUAUGGACAGAAGGAAAGGGGUUGGAAAUAAUCGAUCCCUCCGUUGGGGAUUCGUAUUCCCCCUCCGAGGUGUUGAGAUGCAUGCAAGUUGGACUUUUAUGCGUCCAAGAGCGCGCGGAAGAUAGGCCUACAAUGUCGUCUGUGGUUUUAAUGUUGAGUAGUGAAACUGCAACAAUGCCUCAGCCUAAAAACCCUGGUUUUUGCCUAGAAAGGAAUAAAAAUCCACUUGAAACAGAUUCUUCCUCUAGCAAGCAAGACCAAUCCUGCACUGUAAACCACGUAACAGUCACAAUGCUGGAUGGUAGGUAGGUAGUGAAAGCUAUCACCUCAUCAAAUCAUGUUUGUAUAUCUUACAAAAUCCCAAUUUUCUGAUUGAUCAAAGUUAUACAUUUUAAUGUAAAUUUGUUAUUUAUAUAUGGAUCAACUUUGAAGAUA